AUGUUGGGCGUUGGCACUGCUGCAUAUCAGAUUGAAGGAGCUUACAAUGAAGGCGGCCGCGGUGCAUCUAUUUGGGACACCUACACCGGCGCAAAUACGGUGGGCAUGCCUGGGUCGGUGUGCAAAGAGGCUCCGUGCCCACUGAACAGCGUUAUGUCAGACAAAGGGGCCACGGGCAAUGUGGCCAACAACCAUUACCACAAGUACAAGGAAGAUGUGGCCAUGAUGAAGGACCUUGGCUUGAAAUACUACCGGUUUUCGGUGGCCUGGCCUCGCAUUGUCCCCACGGGACACAUGAAGGAUGGUGUCAACAAGGAAGGCAUUCAAUUCUAUCACGACCUCAUCGAUGAGCUCAUCAACAGUGGCAUCACACCACUCAUUACCAUUUACCACUGGGACCUUCCCCAAGGUCUGCUGGACAUUGGCUUCGAGAAAGCUCUUCCAGCCUGUGAUCCUCAGUACCAACAGGGAUGGUACGACUGCACCUGGGGCGAGGACGGAACACCGAUCCCCACCGGCAUGAAGUCCACUGUGGCGAAGGAGUUCUUGGCCUAUGCAGAGCUACUCCUCCAGGAAUACGGCGACAAAGUGAAGGCAUGGGCCACCUUCAACGAGGCGUGGACCUUCACAGCCCUGGCGAGCGGAUAUGGCAAGGCGCCCUCACAGCAACCCUAUAUGGAUGUGGACAUUUGGCCGAAGGUCGCGGGCCACAAUGUGAUCUUGGCACACUUGAUGGUGGUCAUGAAAUUCCGAGAGAUGCAGAAGAGCGGCGCUCUGACUCCGGAACACAAAGUCUUCAUCACCAACAACCAGGACUGGCGUGAGCCCCUCACUGAAAAGAAGGAGGACAUUGCCGCUGCGCAUUACUUGAUCGAGGGCGGACUUGGUUGGUUUUGCGAUCCGAUCUUUGGGGUGGAUGGCGUGCAUGAUUAUCCCAAGUCCAUGAGAAAGACCCUGAAAUACCUGCCCAAGUUCAGCGAGGAGGAGAUGAAGUUGUUGAAGGAGAACAAGCCUGAUGCCUUUGGAUUGAAUCACUAUGGCACCAGCUUCGUGGCCUACGACAACGGCAAGUACACCACCACACACGCCGGCCUGGUUCAGGGAAAAUCCAGCUGGCUCUUCCGGGCGGCAUGGGGUUAUCGAAAGCUCUUGAACUGGGUGAAGAAUCACUAUGGCGAGUACCCGAUUUGGGGCACCGAAGCCGGAUGGAGCGACGGCUUGGAAGACCCCUUGGCCGGAAAGCAGGACAGCGGGCGUUUGACGUAUUAUCAGACCUACCUGCUCGAAUCUCUCAAUGCAAUUAAGGAGGACGGGGUGAAGAUGGAGUCAUUUAUGGCUUGGUCCCUCAUGGACAACUUUGAAUGGGAGAUGGGAUAUGCUGAGCGCUUCGGGUGCAUGUGGAACGAGUUCCUUUGGGACAAAGACCCCAAUGCACCCAGUGCGGACACGCCCAUCUACAAUGCAUAUUCAGGCAAGGUUGAGGGCAAGUGUGGCGAUGACUGCGCGCGGCAAAGAGUGGCACCUGGCCCACAAAGGCCAAAAGAUCAGACACGCCACAUGAGGAACUCCAUGCUCCGCCUCAUCGAGACCUGGGGCAGUCCCACGAUGAUCACUGGGCCGAUGCAAGAUGACUUCUUCCAGGCGGCGACCGAUCAGAACAUUUGCUUCGGCCAUGGGACCUAUGAGACUUCAGAUGGCAUAGAGGAAUGCUCUCCCGAAGCGCUCUCUACCAAGCGAGUUGUGCCUGCGUGA